AUGGCAUUUGGCAAGCACCACAAGAACAACAAAAUGGCUAAGAUUCCGACGGCUGGCGAGCAGGUUGUGAUCCAACCGGUGAUACAACCUGUAGUGCAGCAAGUGGCGGUUCCGGCGCAGCAGCCGGCGAUGGUUUUGGCAAAGGCCCCAGUGGCACAGCCGCAUGUGCAGUUGGUGGCGCAGCCGCAGGCGGUGAAGGUACAGGCAGCACAGCUAAGCAGCACGCAGGCCCCGGUGGCGAUCCCGGCGGUGCCUGCGAUGCCUGCACAGAUGGUGGUGCCCGCAAAACCGGCAGAGAAGAAGCCAGUGGCGAUCUACGCCGCCCCGCCGGCGGGUGUCGUAUCUGCGAGCAUGAAGAAGCCGAGUAUGAGCACCGACACGUUCUCAUCUGGGCACUUUGUGCCGCGGGGCUUGAAGACAAACGGUCUGAAACGCGGUGCAUCGGGUCUGGCAGUGAAUGCCAAGAGCACCGCGUUGGACAUUAAGGCGGGCGCCAAGGCGACGGAGAAGAAGACGGCGCAGG